AAGUGCUAAAACCCCAUUUUUGUUCACAGCCAGUCUCGCCUUUGUCACCCAAAAGUCUCACACGCCACCCUGCCCACCACGCCAACAACAGCAACUGCGCGUCCUUCUCUGCACAAACUCAAUUUUCUAGUUCUCAGGUGUUGGUGGUCAUGAUUACAAGCUUCAAAGCAACCACUGCAAAGCCCUUUGCAGCUUCACCAACACGAAGGCUGACUUCUCCGAAACCCGACGCCAGCCAGCGCAGUGUCUGCACCGUUUCAUCCGCUCCUCUCUUUUCAAAGCUAUCCCUCCAUGAAAAAACAAGUGUAUCUGCUAAGAUGUCGACGAAGAAUGGUGUUGGUCUUACAUAUAAGGAUGCUGGUGUUGACAUAGACGCUGGCUCCGAACUCGUUCGCAGAAUCGCCAAAAUGGCUCCUGGUAUUGGAGGCUUUGGUGGUCUUUUUCCUCUCGGUGAUUCAUUCUUGGUUGCGGGUACAGAUGGUGUGGGGACUAAGCUUAAGCUUGCGUUUGAGACUGGAAUCCAUGAUACCAUUGGGAUUGAUCUGGUUGCAAUGAGUGUUAAUGAUAUUGUUACUUCUGGUGCGAAACCGCUGUUUUUUCUUGAUUACUUUGCCACAAGUCGACUUGACGUUGAUCUUGCUGAGAAGGUUAUAAAAGGCAUUGUUGAUGGUUGCCAACAAUCAGACUGUGUUCUUUUAGGUGGAGAGACAGCAGAGAUGCCGGAUUUCUAUGCAGAAGGUGAGUAUGAUCUCAGUGGUUUUGCGGUUGGCAUUGUAAAGAAGGAUUCAGUUAUAGACGGUAAGAACAUUGUGGCCGGAGACGUCCUCAUCGGAUUGCCUUCUAGUGGAGUCCACUCCAAUGGCUUCUCUCUCGUAAGAAGGGUUCUGGCCCAUAGUGGACUAUCUUUGAAAGACAGACUUCCUGGUGAGGCCAUAACACUAGGUGAAGCUCUGAUUGCACCAACUGUGAUAUACGUUAAGCAGGUAGUUGAUUUGAUUAGCAAAGGAGGCGUAAAGGGGAUUGCUCACAUCACAGGGGGCGGCUUCACUGACAACAUACCUCGGGUGUUUCCUAAAGGCCUUGGAGCUGUUAUUUACAAGGAUUCCUGGGAUGUUCCUACUGUUUUUAAAUGGAUCCAAGAGGCAGGAAGAGUAGAAGAAGCUGAGAUGAGGCGGACUUUCAACAUGGGUAUUGGGAUGGUUUUGGUUGUGAGUGCAGAGGCGUCACAGAGAAUACUUGAGUUUGCAAAUGAAGCACACAAGGCAUACCGCAUAGGCGAAGUGGUGAGUGGCGAAGGAGUGAGUUAUCGUUCAUAGGCUCGUUCUCUGGUUGCUAACUUCACCUCGCUUGCAGGGGAGUUGUCUCGGUAUCCCAGGAGCUUCUUUUGGGCUCUUCUUAGUCUUAUGCUUUGUUUGUGUGCGUGUGUUUGUGGGUAAUCCCAUCAUGAAUAAAGGAUACCAUCCAAAUUCCCAUAAAAAACAAUAUAUGUAGCUUCAUCCCAUGCACCUGUGGGAGAAACUAAAAUUGGAAGCAUAAGUUAAUCACAAUGCAAUAAAAUUUCAGCUUUUGUUUA